CCAACACCCUGAAUCACAUAUACUUAUCAAAACUAGAUACAAGAAAAAAACACCCAGAAAAGUUUAAAAGGAAGUCGCUUUAGGAAAUUUGUUUGUUGCAGAAACCCUAGCUGCUUAUUACCUGAAGAUGGCGAAAGAACUGGAGAUCACGGAGCUAAGGCUGGGUCUCCCUGGAGGAGGCAUCACGGACAAGAACGAGAAGAAAAGGGCGUUCUCGGAGAUCUCCGAUGACCGGAAAAAUCCCAGCAGAAACACGAAGAGUCAAGUGGUUGGGUGGCCGCCGGUGUGUACUUACAGGAAAAAGAACAGCUUUAACGGCAAAGACUCCGGCGCCGAUUCCUCCAAAAUGUACGUGAAAGUUAGCAUGGACGGAGCGCCGUUUCUUCGGAAGAUUGACUUGGGUUUACAUGAAGGUUACCAUGAUCUUGCCGUCGCGUUGGAGAAGUUGUUCGAUUGUUUUGGCGCCAUAGGAGGAGGGUUGAGGAAGGAUGGAGAGAUCUGUGAAUAC